CUGGUUCCUCACCCAGGACGAAUUUGCCAUGGGAGAUCCUACCAGAAGGCAAAAGCCCACGGACAACAUAGCCCCUGGGAUCCCUGAGACACACAAACCCCUCCACCACGAUAAGUGGUGAACCAUGAACCAGUGGAUCUGCAAACUUCAGAAAUCUAUUGGAUAGCCUGUGAAGAUAUUAAUUUGGUUUUUGUCCUGUCUUUCUGCCCAUCACCCCCAGCCAUUCAUUGAAGGAUGAUGGCUGCCCCUCUCUGAACUUGAUACUGUUGGAGGUAUCCUCCUCUUAAAAGGGAGUUUUUCUUCCCCACUUCACCAAGUCCUUCCUCAAAGGGGAUUAUUCAGUUGUUGGGAUUUUCUCUGUAUUAUUGUCGGGUUUCUACCUUACAAUAGAAAUACUAGACCUCCCGAAAGCCUCAGGAAUUUAAUAAAGUCACAAAUUAUAAAGCAAGUUUAGUCUUUUAUAGCUCCUAAAACUAUAUCUUUAGGUUUCUUUUUUUGCUGGACAUCACACUAGUUUCUCUUGUAUAUCUGAUAAAUGUUUUUCCCUCUCUGUUGAUCAUCUGUCCAGAUUUUCUUUCUGCUUUUCAUGCAGUGCAUGCUGGACCACCACCAUAUGUGGAAAUCAUUUGAAAAAACACACUGACAAAUUGUUGCAUUAACAAGGAAAAGUGCAUGUUUGUUUUGAGGUAUUAUCAAGAAAGGAACAGAUGACAGCAGAAGUAAUUGAGAACAAGCUGCACACACUCCCAAUGUGUUAAAACUGCUGAAUAAAUAUUCUGUCACACCAAUGCUGUGAAAGCAAAAAAAAACUCUGAACUUCCCAUCUGUAUCAGCAAAAAGCAGAAGUUGGCAGAAAUGAAAUGAAAGAAAUGAAAGGCGUGGAAACAACUUUUUUUAAUGAUUCGCUUUAGUUUUAACACAGUGCUACUUUUUGGUGCACAAGUUACGAGAAGCUCAACAGAAAGACUUCAGCAAUGGCAGAGCAGAGGUUUAACAACACACCCGUCAAUCUAAAACCUAAAAAGCGAUGCCAGUCAAAAGUUAAAACAAAGGAAAACACCAUGUUUGAAGAAAUGAACAUGAAAAAUAAAGGAACUAAACAAACUUCUGACACAAACGGUUACCCUUUAAGUCUUUCAGUACGAAGGCAGGAAGAAAAUUUAUAUGAAGAAAUGAAUGUGAAAAACAAAGAAACUAAACAAACUUCUGACACAAAUGAUAAGCAGUGUGCAUGUAUAAAAUCUUGUACAUCAGUAACCGCUUGCUGGGGUGUUCUGUUACUGAUCAUGGCCCUUCGCAUCUAUUUUACCACAUUGUUAAUUCAUAAGAACGAAGACUUAAUGAGGAGUCAACUCAACUGGACAAACACCUCAACUGCCUUUGAAACACAGAUCAGAGACCUCACUGCAGAAAACCAGAACCUAACAGAACAAAUAAAACUCAUGAAGAUGGAGCUCAGUCUUGGUCCAGAAAAGUCAUGCAAACAUUGUGAGGAGGGCUGGCUCCACUUUGAGUGCAACUGCUAUGCAAUUAAUGAUGCUGAACCUCAUGAGCAGAAAACCUGGGAAGAAGCUCGAGAAAACUGCAAGGGAAAGAUUUCCGAUUUGGCUGUUGUAAUUAAUGCAGCAGAAAAGAAAUAUAUCAGUGAGAAAAGCUGGAAGAGUUCAGGAGAAAAAGGAUACUGGAUUGGUCUGAGAGUUGAAAAUGGGAAAUGGAAAUGGGUGGAUGGAAGUUAUCUGACUAAUAACUCCUGGAUUCAGCAGCCUCCUUCUGAUGGUCUCUGUGUAAUUUCUGUCCAAAACGAAGGAUUUAAAUCAGUGAGCUGUGACAAGAAGAAACAAUGGAUUUGUAAAAAGAGACUCUAACUAUUUGAAUUACCGCAGUUAGACUUCAGAAGACCUUUGUAAUCUACCAUGAUAUCAUGUCUACCAUGAGAUGGGAGUACGUUCACUCCUUUUCCAGAGUUUUCUGGCAUACCACACACAUCCUAAGGUCAUGAGAGAGGUCCUAUCUUCUCUUUCUUUUAUAUGGUAUGGCAAACACAUCUACACAUGGCCAGAGGGGCCGAUGGCGCGAUAUGGCAGCCUCGCCUCUGUCAGUCUGCCCCAGGGCAGCUGUGGCUACAACCGUAGCUUGCCUCCACCAGUGUGUGAAUGUGAGCGUGAAUGAAUAAUGGCAUUGUAAAGCGCUUUGGGUGCCUUGAAAAGCGCUAUAUAAAUCCAAUCCAUUAUUACAUACACACGCAUACCUACACGUACACACAGACUGGUACUAUUUGUUCACACACAUGCCUGUUUAAGAUGUCAUAUGUUAAUGAAACUAUGCAUGUUCAUGUAACCACAAUAAAGAGCAGUGCUACGGAGGGGCUGACCGAGAGUGACGGAGUUCAAGCGGGAACAGCGCUCGGUCCCGGUUACCUCCCUCAUGCACAAGAUAACACAAAGA